CCCCUAGGGGGCCCCGCCAGCCGGGCGUUAGCGUCGCUCCGGGGAGCCUGCUGAGGGGAGGGCGGUCACCGCCGUCAGCUCGCCCGCCCUGCAGGACCCCUUCCCCAGGGCCUGGGGGGGCGGCAGCCUGGCGCUGCAGCCGGCCGGGGGCGGGCCAGUCCGCUGCGGGCGGAUGGAUGGAGGAGAAGGGGGGGACACCAAUCGGGAGCGCCUUUGGGGCGACGCUCUGAAAUGCCGCCUCUCCGCCGCCGACCUGGGGCUGAGGGAGACGGGUCCCGGAGCGCCCGGGCAGGCUGACUUUCACCUCCUCGCAAGAGAGGGACGCGCAGAGCUUCACCUUCCCCGGCAGCCUGUCCCAAACUCCGUGACCGCGAUCCGCAGCAGGCAGCGUGAGCUCGGUCUGCAGAGAGACUGUAACCUCCUUCCCCUCUGAGCUGGGAACAUUGUCUCGGGAUAGCCAGAUCCGUCUUAAAUCCCACAUUCAGAGUGUUGCCCUCCCUCCCCCCGGCCCAUCUCUCCCUUCCUGUUCCUCGCUUUUACAUUCUAGAUGCUUUUCUUUCCUGAUUUGACCUCCCCCCCCCCCCCAUCUUUUUCUCUUCACUGUUUGUUUUUGUGAGUGUCUUCUUCGUCCUUUCUUCUCUUGUCUCUCCCUGCUGCCACUUCUGCUCCCGUUCUGUUUUGGUGGGUCUAGAGUGAGCAUGGAUCCUCUGUCCUGCUAAAGGUGGCCGAGGGGAGCGCUUUGGGAGGAUUUGUGGAUGUCAGUGAAUUUGUCUGAAUUCCUUUGUGGGUCAGGCGGUGCUCUACCCUGCUAUUUCCUAGAAUUUAUAAGGUACACGUGCCUGCCUGGUAUUUUUUUUUCUUUGCCAGUAGGUGGCUUUCUCGCCAUUCAUAUACACUGCUUCUGUCUCUUGGGCAUAGGUAUGCAUCACCUGCCCCAAUUUCACCAAAGAAGGACUUUACACACCUCCGAAAUAGCCUCAAGUUGCACACUACCACUGCCCUUUGGAGAUGCUAUUCAAAGGUGAUCUUCUCAGAAACUUUGCAGAUGCCAUUUUUGUGCUGCUUUUCAGGCUCUUUCAGCACAUCAUGUGUAGCAUCGAGUCUGAUCUUGCAAGGUUCUGAGUGCUCUCAGUUCCUGUUAAAGUCUCGUUUCUCUGAUAGCUACGUCUCAAUGAAUUGGGUCAAUUAUUAAUUAAAUUGUAAGGUCUUUGUGGCAGGGACCAUGUUUUUUGUUCUGGAUUUGUACAAUAAGGUCCUAGUCUGAUCAUCUUAAUUAUGUGGCUAAGAUGCAUUGUCUGUUUAACUUUGAUUGUAAACUCCUUGAGGCAGGGUCCAUCUCGUCCACCUCCUUGUACGGUACUGAGCGCGCUGGUGGCACUCAGUACAUAAUGGUGCUACCCUGUUUGACCUGAGCAGUUAGCCAAUGUUAGGGGUCUUGCAGGUUGUUUCUGUUGGGAGAAGAAAUUGAUGACAGAGUUAGCUAUUUUUUGAUGCACUUCCUGAUUAUUUGCAAAGACUGUACACUAAAUCUUAUUUUCCUGAUCCUGGUAAGAAUCAAACAACAGGGGACCAUUUCUUUGCUCACAGUUCCAAGCCCCUUUUCAGCAAGCACUUAACCUCAAAGAUCUCUCUUAGCUUUAUCUCAGGGUCUGCUACAAGUGCGUCCCUGCUGCUUUCUGUGGUGCCUCUGCCACUCUCACUCUCAAACCUCUCUAGCAAACAAUGUCCAGUCCCCAGUGGAAAAACUUCCACUCAGAUCAUUCACGUUCCUCACUGGCCUUGCAGGUCAUCCUAUUGUUUCAACUAUUCCACAUGGGAGCUUAAUUAAUUAAUUGUUGCUGCUCACCAGCUUCAACAUGGUUUCACCCAACCCCCAGCAUAAUGGGUGUUAGCUCAGCCAAACUCCAGCUUGGAUAAUUAUCAUCUUAAGUCUCCUUACAUUCCCCUGUAGCACCAUUGACUACUAGUAUUGUUCUUUGCUUCCCACCCUAAGCUCUUGUGUAACAUUGCUGUGCUCUGUUCAACAGUUGCCAUGUUUCUCCCUAGAAGUGGCUGCAUUUUAGUGGUGGGAGAACUGAUUUGCGUAUGUAUGCCACUAGAUUGUUAAGCAGUUUGUAAACCAGUGGUGGGAUCGUUUAGGAUGGAUGACAGUCAGUGGACGCAUCUUCGGAAGUCGUUAUUUCACGGUGCAUUAUUACUAUUGGCUCUUGGACUAGUUGUGCAUAAUAAGGUGCAGGUUACUGAAAGAUGAGAAAAGCAUGUUCCGAUUACAGACUAAUCAAUUUGUCCUUCCAUCACACCCAAACAGUCUUUAAGCAAGCAAGGUACAGUGCUCCUUUGUGAAAAGGAAGAUAUUUAAAGUCCGUCAAGAGCAUAUAGAAAUUUUAUUUCUAAAAUCGGCAGUAAUGACCCUCAUUUCUAAAGUAUUCCUCUUUCCAAUACUAACAGUGGCUUGUUGGUCCAGGGAAGGCAGUAAGCAAGUCCCUGGAUGGAAUCAGAUCACAAAGCAUAAGCAUUUAUUUUACAGUUAGCCAGCUGGUCGUGAAAUGUCCUGCCUUUCAGCCAGCUGGGAAACGCAUCAAUCAGGAGUGGUGUUUCGGGAGCAGAGACUGAACAUCGACAUCUGGAGUCUGGCAAUCUUCAUCAUUCUGCUUAUCUGAGCUAAACUGUAGCGGGCAGAGAGAGAGCACAAUAGUAUGUUGCUUUUGGAAUGCUCUAGAUUGCAUUAAGUGCUGUCUGCUAACCCUGGUGUUCUCCACCUGGGGCCACUUUUCCUUGAUAUAUUGCUGAAAGUGAAGGGGGUCCCAGUUAGAUGGGAAUGCAGGGGCUCUGAGGUGGUCCCACUAUGGAAAAGCAGUUGCAUUAUGAAAAAUAUUACUCGGGUUGUAAGCAUUUGGGGGAAGCAACCCUCUUUUUGUUCUGUUUGUACUGUGCCUUGCCCAGUGAGGUCCUGGUCCGUGACAGGGGCGCCUAGGCACAAUGGUAAUAAAAUAAUAAUCAUAACAAAGACUGAGAACUUCUGUAUUAGGCCAUGUUUUUCCCAGGAUAGGACUUUAUAUCCCCUGUGAAUGCAGGGUGCAUUUCAUCCUUUCCUAACUGUAUUUUUUAAUGGUCUAAUUUUUGUAAAGUUUCAUUUAAACCUUUGUAUGUGUGAAUUUAGCAGUCGAGCCCUGAAGUCCUUAAUGUAUCUAUCCCCAGAGAGGGUACUUCAUAAACAACAUCAGGGGAAUCUUCCCACACACUGCCCUGCCAAUAUGCCUUUAAUGACCACUCUCUGCUUCUAGGGACAAAAAGGGAGCUAGAGGCCUCUUUUUUCUGAGACUACAACAGGCCCAAUCCUGCAGGGCAUUAAACACUCCUGCCUCCAGUCAUAUUUAAGCUAAUCCACAACUAGAGAUGGAUCCAGACUGAAUCUGAAUUUCCAAAAGAUCCAUAGUGUUUGCAUCUGCGGUUUGGAUCUAGAUCCGAGGUCAGAUUCUCAGCUGCACCCAAGGAGCCCUAGGCCGUGUCAGGGGUAGUUUGGGGCUGGCCCAGUUCCUGGCAUAGAUUUAGGGCAGCCAUGUGUCUCUGUAAUGAUGCUAGCUCUGCCAAAGGGCUCCCAGCAACUGGGGAUCACCAGGGCUUAGAGAUGCUCCAGGCAUGUCCCCAUUUCCACAGCCACACUCUGUACAGGCCAGGAGAGGGGGAUGGUAUAAGAGCUCUACACCUCCAGAGAUUCCCAUACGCUGGCUAGAUCCACCAGCUUUUAAGGAGGCUGUUUGCUGGGAUAUUGGCACAAAGCAACCCUAACUGACUCACGAAUUAGGCCCCUGGAUCAGAAUACUUCCUUCCUCAAUAUGGGGAGGGGUUCAGAUUCACGGUGACAUCCUGGCGCCAUUGAAAUCAAUGGCAAAACUCCCAUGUUCCAGUUCAUGCCUGUCUUUAAUUAUAACCCAGCUAACCGAUAAGGCCCACCAGCAGUCGGGGUAGCUGGUGAAGAUGGCUCUGACACAUCAGAAUUUUACCAUUUAAAUGUACAUACUCUUGCACGUCACAGAUCUACUUGAGUCAACCGAUGUUCGUUGCUGCGGGCUUGCACUCCUGACCUGCCUUAGAUAAGGAGCUAUUCCUUGCUAACGCCUCUUGGGCUUUCUUAUCACAUCAAAGCUUUUAUUCCCUCCUCACCUCCCACCUUCUGUUGGUUUGAGGUUGGUGGAACGUUUUUAUAGAAGAAAAAUAUUCAUGUGUGUUUUUAACGCUAGAGCUAACGUACAAUGGGUUCUGACUAUCCUCCCAGUCUCCGACGUGGUCUCCCUGGGCUCAUACUCUUUUUGGAAAUUGCGUUUAUCCCCAUAUUUUGGUUUUGCUUUUCAAAGGAAAGUCAAAGCACAUCAGAAGACCUUGAAAUCUAUCCUGCAUUUCAAGAUGUCAACGUCCUGGUGAUUUUUGGAUUUGGCUUCCUCCUGGCCUCCUUCAAAAGAUAUGGAUUUAGCAGCACUGGAUUCAACCUGCUAAUUGCCACACUUGGAGUUCAGUGGGCUGUGCUCGUGGAAGGAUUUUUGUUUGCUUCCUCGGCAGGAAAAGUGAAAAUCAGCUUGCACAGUGUAUUAAAGGCCACUAUAAGUGUAACUGCUGUUCUAAUCUCAGCUGGAGCUCUUCUGGGCAAGGCUAACCCUAUUCAGUUGAUUUGGAUGGCGAUGGUGGAGGUGGCAGCUUUCAGUACGAACAGAUGGAUCAAUGUCAGAUUCCUGAAGAUUGAGGAACACACAAGCUUGAUGCACGUUCACAUAUUUGGAACCUACUUUGGCUUGGCAGUCUCCUGGUGGCUGUACCAUCCUUCACUGAGUAAAAGGAUUGAAAAGGAAACAUCGAAUCUGAUAUCUGAUUUGUUUUCAAUGCUGGGCACGCUCUUUCUGUGGAUGUUCUGGCCAAGCUUCAACUCUGUGCUAAUCGUGGAUGUGAUGGAAAAGAGGAACGCCAUCUGCAACACUUACUAUGCCAUCACAGUGAGUGCUGUGGCUGCUUUUGCCCUGUCAUCCUUGAGCAGCAGGAAUGGAAAAAUCAGGAUGAUCCACAUCCACCAUGCAGCACUAGCAGGAGGGGUUGCUCUUGGUUUCUCUGCUCCCGUUAUUCCACAUCCUUGGAUUGCCAUGAUUUUGGGUCUGCUUGCCAGCAUGGUCGCUGUACUGGGAUCUCACUGUUUACAGACAUAUUUGAAUUCGGUGCUCAAGAUUCAUGACACCUGUGGCGUCCAUUACACGUUUGGGUUGCCUGGAUUGCUUGGAGCGAUAGUCAAUGUCAUUCUCUUCAUAAUAAUCAAGCGGGCCAGUUUAUCAACACUGGGUUAUCUAGCCUUGAUUGAAGUUGGCUCUUUCAUGUUGACCACUGGUAUAGGUUUGGGAACAGGUUUCAUUACAGGUUUCAUUUUAACUUUCAAACUAUGGAAGACACUGCCUGCAUCAAAGUACUUUGAUGACCAAGCUUAUUGGGAGUUUCCCCAUUUGGCUUAUGGAUUUUGAACAGAGGGACCGGACCCAAAUUACAGAAGAUUAGACCAAGAUGAGGAAAACAUUUCCUAUCCUCUGCUAUAGAAAAUUAAUUGGGAGGGAGAAGAAAAGGUUAAAUAUGACUCCUGAAUUUCGAAAUGAAGAAACAUCAUUGCAAUAGGCUGCUUUCAAUUCUUCUUAAAUGAUACAGUAUGUAAAGUCACAGAUAAAAUAGUUCAUUCAGCUUUUCUGCCUUGAUAAAGUCUUGCCUUCAA